UUGAUGAAACGAACGGUGGUCGUCUCGUCGUCUCCAAAACGGAACGCUUGUUGGAAUAAUUUUUCAAUAUUCCGUCGAAUAAAAAGUGCAACUCAACUGAUAAAAUGGAUAUCUUACGUCCAAAAACGGUUCCCCUUUCGGAAGAAACAAUUCUAUGGUUUGAAUUUCUUCUGAAGCCGAAUUUGCUGACCAAACAUUUGACCAAGCCUUUACCAGACCCAUCGCCGACGGAUCUCAUCACUCAGUUUCUCUCGAUUGCACCGGAGAACCAAAAUCAAAACGAGCUCAACUCCCCGGAAGCAGACAGUAUGAACAAGAACGAGGGGCUGAAGUAUAGUAAGAAGCAGUUGGCACUGAAAAUUUUGGCUCUUAAAGUGGCCGCCUUCCUGCGCUGGGAUUUGGACGUGCUAGAGAAGAAUCUCCCGCUGCAAAAACAGGUGCAGCUUCUGAGUGAUUUGUGCAGUGUUACGGCUGGCAAGGCGGUUAAUCUCCCGCUUUCGUUGGUGCAUGAAUGUCCCAUCAUCGGUCCGGAAGGUUCCAAGCAUUCGCUCAACUUUGCCCUCACUUUGUACCAUCGCUGGGUGUUGCGAGCUCAAGUCAUCCGGGGAUCCGCAGCAAAGUCCAUGAAACCAUUCAAUGUGGUCACGGGGGUGCAAGAUACGACCCCUUACACGAUGCGAGACGAUUCAUUCAUCAAUUCGUUGGAGCCCUUCACCAACAUUAGCAUCGACUUCCUGAAUCAGGUCAUUGCGGAUCCGGAGCCGUUCAGAAUUCUUACGUACGAUUCAUUUGUGGCGCUGGAUGCUCACGUGGAUAAUGUUCAGCAGCGUUUCGAUAUGGCUAUAACAAUUUCCAAAGCGGAAUUAAAAGCCCAAAUUCAUUACGAUUUAUGCCUCCUGUACUUGUAUGUACAAAAGUACGAGCUGGCCAAGCAAAACAUUCUCCUAAGUAAGGAAAAUUUUGAACAGCUGAAAAUGGAAUACAGCAAGAAGCCUUUGCAGUCGUUCCUAUAUUGCAGCGUGGACGAGGAGCAACUUCAAGGAUACAUGCUGGCAUGUGGGGUCACUGGAGAGCCCAUCGGUUUACUGCAACGAUUGAACGAAUCAGUGGUCAACCACUAUUCGGACAUUGUUGCCAUUCUCAAGGAGGACAACGUCGCGCGGGAGAUUCCAAUGACACAGCGGAAAAUCCUCGAAUUGAACGUGGAAGGUUUCGUUUCGAUGGGAAGUCCCGAAUCGCACACCAGCGACCAAAAAGAGUUGGAGCUAGCUGUGGUGGCAUUGAACGCGAUCCGCUACGUUUUAGAUGGGGAUGAUCUACUUGGAUCGAACAUUGCUCUGCAAAAGUACAAGCACCAACAAUUGAAGCUUCUGGAGCUUAUGUUGCAGUACGGGGACGAACAGUACGAGGAGUUCAGCCUCUCGGACCGAGAAUUGCUGAAGAAGUACUUUAUUCAGACGAUUAGCCUGAUGAACAAUGCCAAUGGCAUAGAACCAGUGUUGAGAACAUAUCAGAAAUUGGUUUCCUAUCAGGAAUAUGAAGAUUUGAAGAAGCAAAAAAUGAAGGAAGAUGUCCAGUUCACUGGUAUCGCAGUGCAGGCAGAUUGGAUGGUUUGCGAAUCCAAAAUGCUGCGACUCGACGUUGGCACCUACGAACGCCAGCUCAUAACCUGCACCCAUGCCAGCGGUGUGCGGAAAAUGUUGGUCAAACUGGCGGGGACCAACCCUACAAAACCGCUUUGGAGUAUCAAUCCGAGCUGGUCGAUUCCCCUAUCCAUGAAACAGUUGUUAGUAUCUUUGCAGCGAGGGUUUCUUCAGGACUUCGCCUACAUUCUGGUGGGGAAAUCGCGCGAACUUGCAGCGAAAAAGGACUAUUCGGCUGCCAUUGCACUACUCACGUGUCUCAAAAGUGAAACCACCCGACCGGAGUUGGCCAACAAUCCGGUGGUUUUGAAGCUGGGAAAAAUGGCUGCAUGGGAAGGGCUUUUGAUUCAAAUACAGCAGGUGUUGGACGAGUGGCCUAAGAAGCCUACCGAUCAGGCACAAUUCAUCCGGAACUGCAAGCAGUGUCUUAAUGCUAGCACCAGUAACGAUGUGGCCCCUCGAGCGAAAAUUCUUGAACAUUGUGCCGCAAUCCUGUUGAACUUGAACGAUUGGAACAGUCUUCUGACUCCGGACAAACGCUAUCCAGCCUUGGAACUGAGUGCUGCCAUAGCUCAGGCCUAUUUGGAUAUCGAAAAGUUCAAAGGCACGAAGAAGACCAACCGCGAAGCAUGGGACUUGAUACUGCAAAUGUUAAUCAACCAACAGGGAUCUCGGCGACAUACGUCCGACAACAGUAUUAUGUUGCAGCAAUUCUUCUGCAAAUUGAGAGAUCCGGUGGUAAUUUCCAUUGUUCUAUCGUUGUUGGCUAAGCUGCAUAAUAUUUUAAAGGACGAAACUAACCUAGACCUUAACGCCGAGUACAUGUUUCUCUGGCCGACGAAUGUGAACAAUCCGGCAAUCUACAACCUCAAAGUUCUGGACGAAACUCUUAACAAUCUGUUGCAACAAUCGCUUAAAUACUACCCAAACAAUAUUCCUUGGAUCAAAUUGAAGGGCGAUUUCGAGUUUGCCAAUGGAAAUUUUGAAGUGGCAAUGCGUUACUAUGUCACAGCACUGGUGUCCGGCUCGGAGUUCUGUACGAUUCAUCUGCAGCGUCCGCUUAUAGAUGACUUCAUUAUCCGGAGGAUGAUCAAGUGCAGCUCCAAUCUGGGUUGUUUCAUGCAGGCGGCUGUCCUGUGCCAGUUUUUGGACGAAACCGAUUACGGGCUGGCGUUCAAAAGCGUUAGCGAGAAAACAUCCAGCUUUUCCGACGCCAUGGACUCGUACUACAGCUGCAUUUGGGAUCCCACUUUGUUGGAAUUCAUCGUCAAUUGGCAUUUCAAGAAGGGCGAACACAAGCGGAGGCUUCAAGCGAUCACAUACUUGGGUCAGCUUGAACUCAACGCCAACAACAACGAGGAAAUAAAGCGAGAGGCAGCCGCGAUACGGAAGACUCGUUUUCUUCGAUCACUGGCCAGGCAAUAUAUGCUGUAAUCAAGGUAGGUUUAAAUUAAACAAGACUUACACAAAAAAAACUACAUUAGUAUAUGUUUAUUGAUGUAAAAUGACAAAA